GUUGUUUUCUGUAACUUGUUCAGCACCCUGAGUAUCCUGAAGGAAAAGCAGGAACAUUUUAUAAAUAGUUAUUAUAGUUUAACUAUUGUAAGUUUGUUCUUUAAAGACCUGGAUUCCAAAAUAAGCAUAAAAAAACAAAACAAUAUUUUCUCUUCAACAGGGCAUGACGUUUUUAAAGUGUCUUUUGUAUUUCCAAAUAAAGACAAGUAUGACGGUGAGUGUACAAGAACACCGGAUGGUGUUCUUCAGAGGAAUGGAAAUGGAGUUCAUACCACCCCAAAUGGAAUCACUUACACAGGAAACUGGAAAAAUGAUAAGAUGAAUGGUUUUGGGAGGCUUGAACAUCCAUCAGGUGCAGUUUAUGAGGGCGAGUUCAAGGACAACAUGUUUCAUGGAACUGGAACAUACACAUUUCCUAAUGGAGCAAAGUACAUUGGAAAUUUCAAUGAAAACAAGCUGGAAGGUGAAGGAGAAUUUAUAGAUACACAAGGCCUGGAGUGGAGUGGCACAUUUCAUUACACAGCAGCACCGGGGCUGAAGCUGAAGCUGGAUAUGUAGCUAUUUUACAAGGAGCAUUAAAUGUAUUGUAUACCAUUCUUACGGGGAAUUUUCACUUGGCACCCAUGACCAAGGUUUUUACUAACAUUUGAUUUAUUAACACAUUUAUUAGAAACAAUUUCCCAGGAGACCUUUUGUAACAAAAUAAAAUAAGCAUUGAUUUGUUC